CGCUUCCUGCCGCGGCUGUUGUGGUUCCGGGCCGGCCGCAGCAUGGAGCCGCCGGCUGCUGAGGGUGACGCUGAGAUGCAGGCGGGAGCCGACCCGGAGCUAGCGGCCACCAUGGGCUUCUCGGGCUUCGGGAAGAAGGCUCGGACUUUCGAUCUCGAAGCCAUGUUUGAGCAGACGAGGAGAACUGCUGUGGAAAGGAGCAGGAAGGUCUUGGAGGCUCGUGAAAGAGAGCAGGAGGACCGGGCUGAAAAAGAAUGUAAAAGUUCAUGUGCUGAUCCAUCAGCUUCAGUCUCAAGUGCAACAGGAGCUGUGUCCACAUUAAAGCCAAGAGACAAAACUUGUAGUGAAAGUGAAGACAGUUCAGAUGAAGAGUUAACUGGUCCUUCCACAGUACUCCAGGCUUCUGUUCAAAGUUCUGCUGUGGAUGAUGAUGAUGAAGAAUUCAUUGGUCCACCACUUCCACCAGGGUUCAAGGACAGUGAUGAUGAUGAUACAGAGGACGAAGAUAAUAACCCUAUUAAGAAAAUUCCAGAUUCUCAUGAAAUUACACUCCAGCAUGGGACAAAAACUGUUUCUGCUUUGGGAUUGGAUCCCUCUGGUGCCCGUUUGAUAACUGGUGGAUAUGACUACGAUGUUAAAUUUUGGGAUUUUGCUGGGAUGGAUGCUUCCCUCCAAGCUUUUCGGUCACUCCAGCCUUGUGAAUGUCACCAAAUCAAAUCUUUGCAAUAUAGUAGCACAGGAGAUGUCAUUCUGGUUGUCUCUGGUAACUCUCAGGCAAAAGUUCUUGACAGAGAUGGUUUCCCAGUUAUGGAAUGCAUAAAAGGAGACCAAUAUAUCGUGGAUAUGACAAACACCAAGGGUCAUACAGCAAUGCUUAAUUCAGGCUGUUGGCAUCCAAAAAUAAAGGAAGAAUUUCUGACAUGUUCUAAUGAUGGAACUGUGAGAACAUGGGAUGUUAACAAUGAGAAGAAGCACAAAAGUGUGUUUAAACCACGAUCCGCUCAAGGCAAACGAGUCAUUCCUACGACUUGCACAUACAGCAGAGAUGGUAAACUUAUUGCAGCUGGCUGUCAAGAUGGCUCCAUCCAGAUCUGGGAUAGGAAUAUGAGUGUACAUACAAAGUUCCACUGCAGGCAAGCCCAUGCUGCAGGCACUGAUACUUCCUGCUUGACAUUCUCUUACGAUGGUACUGCCCUUGCCAGCCGGGGAGGAGAUGAUACUUUAAAGAUAUGGGAUAUUAGACAAUUUAAAAAGCCUCUUCAUUCAGCUGAAAGACUGUCUAGCUUUUUUCCAAUGACAGAUUGCUGUUUCAGCCCGGAUGAUAAAAUACUUGUCACAGGGACCUCUGUUAAGAAAGGUGGUGGCAGUGGGAAGCUUUUCUUCUUUGAUCGGGAGACGUUUCAGAAGUUGUAUGAGAUAGAAGUUACCGAUGCGAGUGUUGUGCGUUGCCUUUGGCAUCCAAAGCUGAACCAGAUCAUGGUUGGUACAGGCAACGGACUGGCAAAAGUAUACUAUGAUCCUGUUAAAAGCCAGAGGGGAGCAAAAUUAUGUGUGGUCAAAACAAAAAGGAAAGAGAGACAAGCAGAGACUCUUACACAGGAUUACAUUAUAACACCUCAUGCACUUCCAAUGUUCCGUGAACCACGACAGCGAAGCACCAGGAAGCAGCUGGAGAAGGAUAGGUUGGACCCAAUGAAAUCUCACAAACCAGAACCUCCAGUAGCAGGACCAGGUCGAGGUGGCCGUGUUGGAACUCAUGGAGGUACCUUGUCGUCGUACAUAGUCAAGAAUAUUGCACUGGAUAAGACAGAUGAUAGCAAUCCUCGGGAGGCUAUUUUACGUCAUGCAAAGGAAGCAGAGGAGAAUCCAUACUGGGUUGCUCCAGCAUACGCUAAAACACAGCCAAAAACAGUUUUUGCAGAAGUGGAACCAGAAGAUGAUGAAACAGACAAGCCAGAAUGGAAAAAACGUAAAAUUUGAGCAAUUUGGUGUAAAGAAUGAUGAAGAAGCAUUUGAAAUAAAUUGUAGCCUUUAUUUCUUUGUUUUGUGUAGUGGAUCAAAAUUUGAAAGCAUAAAUUACUUCAUAAGUCUUGCUGCAGUGGGAAAGGAAUUGUAUUAUAAUGGAUUGUCAUAUCACAUCUGAAUUCUGUAAUAAAGUAGUGUAUGGUGCAAAGGAAAACUCUUCCCAAUUUCUUAUUUAAUGUUUUAAGUAAAAAAUAUUCCUCUUUAUAAUUUUUAAUAGAACUGUAGUGACUUCCUUAUUUUGCCAAGUGCUUUUUUCUAUUGAAACUUUACUAAUGCUGUGUCACAACAGUGUUCAAUGAUUUUAAAUAUAUAAAUAAAAUGUACUUUUUAUUUUUACUAGUAAAGUCUAAUGUUGCCACAAAUAAACCAAACUUACAUUUUUAUUUCUCAUUUUUCACAUUUAUUAAUGUGAAAUAAUCCACUAGAAAAUAUUUCUAGCGUUUAUUCUUACAUAAAUUGCAUCCCUGUUAGGUAUGUGUAGUGUCCCACACUAGUGCUUUGUAUGGCUUUCAUUUUUCAAAAGUGUGAAAUAGGAAUAGGCAACCAUAUGUUAUGCUUCAAUAAAAACAUUGUAAAUUUGUUGCUUAGCUGAUUUUUUUCAGGCUCUCCUAUCUCUAUUAGUUUGUACUGAUUAGUACAGGAUAGAGCUGAGCUGUGUUUUUAUGGCGAGCUUUUUAUAUAUUAAUGUAUGCAGAUAGAGAGGUAGAUAUUGUUGUUUGCCUGAAUUAUGUAUACCUUAGCCCACACUCUCUGAAAACUGAUGCUAUCCUUUAUAAAGUGUAGGGGUUUUUUAAGUGUGUGUUCAGCAUUAACAUAGAAUUGCUGAAUGUGAAGGACAGAUUUAAAACUAAUGUGCUUUAGAAAACCUGGGUUAGUUUUAGAUGUUUAUGCAGUAAUAUAUAAUACACUAAGUAUUGUGAUUACAGUAGUAUGGAAAAUAACAAGUACUCUGCAUUUCUACUAAGACACAGAGCAGUAGACAUCAUACAGAAUCAAGCUUUCUUGAUUAUGAAUAGAUUGUGAAAGCGCAACCUAAGGCUAUAUUUAGCAAGCACUUCAUCACCUUCCUAGCUCAGAGCACGUGGUCCUGAUAUCGUCAGCAGAGCCUAGAUGUUUUUUAAAAAAGCAUUGUUCUGCACCAUGAUUUCAUUGUAUGAUUUUCGAGCUUAUCUUUUUCUUGUAUUAUUUUUAUGCAUUAGAGAAAAGUAAGCUUGACCUCGAAGAGAAUCAUGAGCAUUGGUGUAACAUUCCCAAAAGGAAAUAUUUUCACUGCUUUCACUUGGUGUAGUGUUUUGAUAAUAGUGGAACCACAUUAAAUAAUCCACAAUUUGUCCUUGUCCCUUGUAAAAAAUGUUUCAGUUCAUCUUUAUCUAGAAUAGCAAAUAAAUGCUUAGUUUACAGCUACAGAUGUGAUAUGCAGAAUUAUGGGCUUAAUACCUGGGUAAGCAUUAAAUGGAGGAGGAAAAGAAGUGCCAGAUGAAGAGCAGCUGUUGUUAGAUCUGCUAAAGGCCUUCCUGUGCAAUGUUUCCCUCAGCAAUUAAACAACAUGGUUUCAUUUAAGGCUAUUUUAAAUCUCUUUUUUUCAGAUAUAUAAUUUAAUAUAUCUGAAUAUAUAUAAUAUAACUGAAUAUAUAUAAAUAUAAGUACUAGAAGGUAAAAUAUUAUCAAUUUUUUUUUAAUAAAAUGAUGGAUAAGAUUUGUAAACGUUUGUAAAAGUAUAUCCAUGGUUUUAGGACGAGUACUAGCAGUUUAGCAUUUAUCUUGUUAGAAUUUGUUUACUGAGGCAGUAUGGCUUAAUAAGGAGCAAAGCUGGAGGGAGAGGUGGCUGAGGAAAAAUGCUGUAACAACUCUCUGAGCUUAAGGGGAGCUUCUCCUUUAAUGUUAUUUAUUCAGAUCAGCUAUAUCUUGUUUCCUAAUUCUUAUAAGAAUGAGUCCUGCAAAUGAUGUCUGUAUAGAAGUGUGGUUAGAAGUUUUAAAACUAACAUACUGUACUUAUUCUUGUACUUUAAUUCCUGGCUUGGUUUGUUUCCCUUAGUCCUUAUAUGGCAUCUCUGCAGAAUGUUCACCAACAGAACAAACGUUAAGGCAUUUUUAAAAGCAGUUUUUCAUAAUGAACAGUUCAGUGAUAAUCUGGUGGGGAAGGAGAUAGGAACACUCUAGUUGACCAUACUUGGUAUAACAAGCUGUGACUUUUUUGAGCUGUCCAAGGGAAAAUAUUAACAUGAUUAAAUAUUAGUUCUGAAAGAUGCAAUUCUACAUGUGAAAUGGAACAUGAAAUACUACUUAUAUUUAUUUUUAUGAACCUAAUUUUCUUUACCCAAGACUUAGGUCUCAGUCGUUGCCAAAUUGUUAUCUUGGUCUCCUGUGUGUCCAUAUUGAGUGUUAAUGUAGCCAGAGACUAGACGGACUUUGGUUUUAAUAUUUCUGAAACAAGGGCUUUGUUUCCUUGCCUUUUUUCUUGCUUUCGUAGUAGAUGUCCUUAUAGAGAUGCUUUCUCCAAACCUGAAUAUCUCUCUUCAUAUUCUGUGCAGCUUCUGUGUGUUUCCUUACAGCAUUUCCUACUCUUCUAUUAUUUAUGCCAAUGACUUAUUCAGUACUGCUUGCCUGUCCAUAGGGCAAGGAUUUUUCUGUCUGGAUCAUUGCAGCCCACCAACAAGUGGACAGCCCAGAUUCACAUUCCCUGUUUGUAUUGUUGCUGUUGCUCUCGAGUUCUUACACUCUCUGGUAUUGCUUACAUGUCUUAUUUGUAACAACUAUUGCAACAGGUCAGGUGAUUGCCAAGACUGAAAUUGAGUGCUAGCACUUUCUGUCCCUGUCUGCCACUACUUUAUUGUUGCUUGAAUUUUUUUCUGCUCAGGUACUUCCUAUGACCUAUUAUUAACUGGAGAUUGUGCUUGCUUCUCUCUUUGUGUAUGUGUGUGUGUGAUUGUUAGAGAAAACUAUGAAUUUAUGCCCAAAGGUCUCUGGCUCUUUGCUAUUGUUUACAUGUCCAGUUUGGUGUUUCUUGUCACGCCUGCUUUUCUCUGUUAGGGCUGUAGAAGGGUAUUUCUUAUGGGAAGAAAAACUGUGAAUCUUUAACCUAUCAGUUCGAUCUUUGCUGAACCCUGAGGAGUGUUUUGCAAUGAAUGGCACUAUUGAGAAUUGCCAUCCUCAUGGCUGGAUCUUUGUCCAUUUAUUUCUUUGACCUCUGAUGACUUUAUGUGUAUCCAACUUGAGACAUCUGUAGCUCUCCAUUUAAUACUGAAUCAUUUGAAAUUUGAUGUCUUUAUUGUGGCCUGUUGGUCACAACUGUAUUGCAAAAUCCCUCUCAUGUUUCUUGGUCAUGUUAAAUGCCCAAGUAUAUUCUCCAGGCCUGCUCUUAGCCGUGGGAACUUACCGAAAGCCACACAGUUAGAAUCAUUAAAAAUGAACAGACUAGAACUUCUUGAGGUUGUGUCCUCUGUUGUUGAUCCCCAGGUUCUCAUCUGUUGCACCAAAUCAUGAAUGUAAAUGGAAACAUAUAAACAAAGAGUUAGAGAGUUGUACAGCAAAGAUGUCCAGCUUGCCUGGCACUGAAGCAUGGAAUCAUCUUGUUACAUCAUUUUUUAAAUUUGGAAAGAUUUUAGAUAAUUUAAAUACAAUUUUAAGUAUAAUUUUGUAUUUUGUAUACAAUAUGUGCUUCCUCUGUCUUCUGUGACACCAGCAACUAAUAGCUUCAUAGAGUCUGUACAAACUGAAAUACAAGAUAUUUCCCUGACUGUAGUAAAUCAUUCUAGUUGCAAUACACUUUGGUUGUAAAGGCUUCCCAUCCUGCAUAGUGAGGUACUGGGGCAUGCUGGCAGUCUCACACUUGGCAGCAGUGUCCUAUACUAAGGUCAUCUCUUUGGAAUCUCCAUAAUCUAUGUAUUUCUUGAGGGGCUUGGCACUUUUAUAUUUUCUAAUGGCUGAUAGUCAGGCAGCAUGUUCAUCUUACUCUGAGAGAUUACCCAGAGGAAGAUUGAUGCAGGAAUCAUAGCCAACAUAUUUUUAGUUGUUGUUUUAACCUUAGUUGUAAUAUGGUAUUUCUGCAGGACUAUUAUAUGUCACAACUAGUACUUAAGACUUUUCUUAGUCUUUCAAAGAUGUAAUCCUUUAGGUGGGUGUUGGCCUUCUCUUGGUGUCAUGGAAUAAUAGAUGCAACAGAUAAAUACCUGUGGUAGACAAACUCAACCAGAUGGGUCCUUGAGAAAUUAUGUGGACCAUCUUUGACCCAAGACCAGUUCUGGCAAGUUUAUUGGAUCAGCUCUUUAAACAUUCUCAUAGUAGAGAUUCUACAGUCUCCCUAAACAAGCUGCUCCAAUGCUUCAUUUUUCUUAGCAGCACAAAGUUUGCAUAAACAGCUUGUAAAAUUCCACUAUUUUCUAUCCCAUUUCUAGCAGCCAUGGAAGUCAGUGCAUGAUCUCUUUUGCAGCAGCUUUUUAUUGUAUUUGAGUUUUACUAUCUUCUCCUAUCCCCUCUUAUUUUUGUAGCUUUCCUUUAAUGUGUCUGUUUUCUGACAUCCCAUUUCCUUGCUUUUCUCUGCCUUGUUCAGAUUGUCCACAUGCUACUUGAAGUGUAUUGCUCACCACGUAUUCAGUAUUUCAGAUGAAGCUACUCUUCUUAGAACAGCUGAGUAAACAGGAAAAAUGUUUGCAUGUCUCAUUACAUAUUCCUCUGCAGCUUGAUGUUACUGAUCUGUGUUCAGUUCAUAAUCCUCCCCCAGCCUCUAGAACCUCCUGCAGGGUUGCUGUCCAGCCAGUCUAGCAUCUACAUAUGAUUCUUACUUAAGUAUUGCAUUUAGUCCUUUGUACAAAGUUUAAUUGCAUUUUCUCAGAAUAUAUCUCCAUACUGUUAAGUUUGUUUUGAAUUUUGUCUUGAUCCCCAAGUAUCUGCAGCUUUUUACAGCUUCCAGUUGUCAGGGGAAUAUAAUUAAUGUAUUCUGUCCUUAUUCAGCUGAAGAACUGAAAUUGCUGGUUAGUGGCAGAUCCAUAAGAUUUCCCAUAUGUAUGAGAAGGAAAUGUUUUCCUUAAUAAUGCUUUUCUUCAGUAAUUUUCCUAAGGGUUCAUAAGCUUCUAAUAAGUCUGCUCAGAAAUGUUUGGAAAAAUAGCUGACUUUCCUAGAAAAUUCCCUCAUGUCCUUUGCUUUAAGGAUUUCUUUAUUGGCUCUGUCCCUUUGUGUCCAGCCGGAAUCCUUCUGACUUGAGCAGCGUUUGAUGUGGGAGACCUCAACACAUCCUUGUGCUCAGCAUUUCAGUACUCCACAUUCUGAACAUAUUUCCAGCAUGUUCAGUUAGGUGCUUUGUUCUUGAAUUCUCACUUCCUUUAAUUUUCCUUCUGUAAUUAAAAAUAAGAUCUACUAUAGUCUUAUAUGGUCUAUGAAUUAGUAGUAGGGCUAACCAUACGCCUUAUGUGAUAAGAUGGGUGUGCAUCAGCUGAUUUACCACUCUAGGACUAAAUUACAAAAUUCACUCUCCCGAAGGCUGUGAUACUGCCAUAACAUCUGUUGAUGCCUUGCCAGUGGUGUUUGCGUUGCCCGUGCAUUGAGUUCCCAAAAUGUGAUCAAGUUUCAAGCAUAAUUGAAGCAGCAGUGUUUCUUGUAUGGCUUUCCUCUUCACCAUUGGUUCUACCAUUGGCCUCCAGAAAUUUUUACUUAAAAAUAAUCGUUUUUUGUCUUAUUUUUCCAGUCCAAUACUAAUGCUUGUCAAGAUCACAAGAAUUACAUAGUGGCUGACUUUACAUUCCCUCUAGAGUCAAAUACUGUGGCUUAAGAAUGUAGGUGAGUACAUAAUGCUUAUUGGAGGUCAGCCAGUUCUCAGUCCACCUCUCCAUCCAUGUCUUGCAAAAUGUAAAAAAUAAUCCUAUGUAUACUGUAGAGUGAGGCAGCAAUACUGGUCUCCUGGUAAAGAGCUAGGGGUGCUUACAGCUUCGUGCAACACAAUAUCUUCUCCAUUGCCCCUCAGACUGUAGAUAUCAUCUUAUGCAUCAUAAGAGGGACAGUAAAUGAGUGAGAAGAACACCUACUAGGAACUGUGCCUGUCACAAUUUUAAUUGUACUCCUGUGGAGAUUAUUUCCUGAAUAAUACUCUUUUAUUUUUCUGGCAUCCUUCUUUGGCCCACAUAAAACUGUAGGCAUUAGUACAGCCUUUCUCUGCUGGUUGGGUGUAUAUUUUUCUCUUUGGUUUGCUUCCUUUGUUACUUGGUGGCAUCUCUAGUGCAGUACAAUCAAAAUUCCCAGUGUUCAUGCAAGAAAAGGGCUCCCACAGUAGGCAUGAAGCUUGGGGUUUCACAUAUGAUUCUAAUAAAAGCUAAAAAACAAACUUCUGAUUUUCUACCACUACGACUUGUGGCAUCAGCAAGGUUGCUGCUCUGUGAUGAAAUUCGUGUGUAGCUUGCAACUGGCCCUUCAACUGAAAUUACCUGACUAAGCAGAGGCGAACAUCAGGAAUCUUCCAAAUAAAGAGGUCAGCAUCUUCGAAAAAGCCUCUGCAAGCUGUUAUCAACAGUGACCGUAAGUUGUCACAGCUUUUUCCAGUAAGAUCACCUUGGUUAU